AUGUUUGAAAUAAUGCCAAAAGCAGCAGCUACAAAAGGCCUCCUAACAAUCAGACCAUGUGUUCUUUAUGUAUUAUUGACCUUUGUGACCCUAACUGGUCCAGUACAAAUUAAGAUUGAAAAAUUAGAUGCAGGGAGCCCCCCACCUGCCAUUUCUGACAUUCAGUAUGAAACUUUCACUGACAAUGAAGACAGUUUACUUGUUAAAUAUUUCUCUGAUACCAAAAACUUGUCCUUUUCUGUAUUUGCAUCUCAAAAAAGUCAGUCUGGAAUAAAAUUAACAAAUUGUACUUGUAAAGUUGCAAGGUAUCAAGCAAAGGUUAAACUGCUUUUCAAAAACAUUCAUGGUCAGAUUAAAGUGACAUCCAAUUUUGAUGGUCUACCUUUGGCAAAAGUGAAAGUUCUGCCUGUAAAUCCCUAUCAGGAAUCUGAAGAAAUUGUUGAUUUGGGAGUUGUUGAAGAAGUUGUACGUAAUUCCUUGUGUUUAGCAUCGGCAACAAUGAACCUGUCUACCUAUCUUGGAUUGUCCAACAACAUUUUUUCGCCAACUGAUUAUGAUUUCGAGCCUCAACUGGAUAUUGCCGAAAUCAAAGCCCUAACUGCAGUCCAGCCUGGCCGUAUGUCACAGACCCAGCAUGCCCUUCCAUUCAAAGAGAUGCCAGCUUUGCCAGCACCCCCAAAACCACCACGAGCAAUAGGAGAUAAGCGUCUGCUUAUCAAGAUUAUUAAAGGUUCCAACCUUGGAGGAAGAGAAGAAGGUUCAAGUGAUCCAUUUUGUGUUAUUGUGAUGGAUUGUCCCCCCCAGAAGUAUGAAACUACUGUCAUCAAAAACACUGUUAAUCCAUUUUGGGAUGAGCACUUUUUAGUGGAUGUUUCUCACAUGUCCAGAGAACUUCGUUUUGAGUUGUAUGAUAAAGGAAAAUCUCCUGCAGAUGAAUUUCUCGGUGAAGCAACUAUCUAUAUGGAAGAUAUACGAAAAACAAUGAGUUGCAGACAGAUAAUUCCACUCCAGACACCUGGUAGUAUGGAAUACCAAGUUGGAUCCCUGACAGUUGAGUUUCUUUUGAUGGAGCCUCAUGAAGCUGACCAGUACAUGGAUUCAUCACUUGGACCAAAAAACCUUGGAAAUAACCAGAUCUCCCCUCGAAAGCAUGUGGAAGUCUCCCGUACUGUGACUCCCAGUGGAACUAUAGUAACCACAACUACUACUACAACAGAACGGCCCCAGUUUUCUGGUAUGGCUUCAGGUUCCCCUUCUAUGAUAGAGAAACGUAGCACCCAUUUGGAGGUAGAAAACUCAGACUCAGUCAGCCAUUUAAGUCCUACACACUUACCUCAGCCAGAUACACCUGGAUCAUCAGGAGCUUUGCCAGGUUUCUGGGAGGUAACACCUACCAUUGACAGUACUCCAACUGAUGAUAACAUUGAAAGCCCUUCAUCAGCAUCUGCUGAUAAAUCGCAGACAGGAAGUACUAUAUCAGAAAAAGAGAAAAAGAAAUCCUUCUCCCUUGCAAGGACACUGAAGAAGCGGUUUGGUCGCUCUCGCUCAAAAAUGCGUUCCCAAAGUGCAGACCGGGCACACUCUCUGAAAUCUGAGGGAGGCAGCGCAUCAUAUCUGUCACCACCAGACUCCGACGCAAAGCCCUUGUCCAAAUCUACAGAGGACAUCAACGGAAUCACUCUUGAGGUGCCCCCAAUCAAGAAAUCCUCCUCCUUAGGUGGAAGCUUGAAAAAACUAUUCCGGAGAGGACGCAAGAGAACCAGAGAUGUUGGGGAGACGUCUCGUGAAAGCUCACUGUCUCGAUCAUCAAUGCGCUAUCCAGUAUCAUCACGAGAGGGUUCAAUAGAUUCAAGGCGCACACCACAGGCUCAUUCACCUGUCUCAUAA